GAACUCAACGACGAAAGCAGCGGCAGCCUCUCCUAGUUCGCAUUGGAAUUCAUCAAAAUCAUAACCAAAAUGGGUUCAUCUUGUACAAUCAGAGCCGUCGGAUCAAUCCUCCAUAGAUUCACCACCGGUGUCUCCUCCAAAUGCCCCAACUCCUCAGCCAGAGGCUGCCCCGGCAGAAGAAGAACCAUUCGGACCGUCUCUCCUCUCUUCAUGGGCAGACGUUCCAGCAAAAUCGCCGGCCGAAAGGGGGUGCAAGACGCAAAGAAGAUGAAGCUGUACUCGAAGAUUGGGAAGGAACUCGUGUCUGCUUUGAGGAAGGGUGGUCCGAAUCCUUUGUCGAAUACAGCUCUGGCGACUAUAUUGGAGAAAGCCAAGGAGCUUGAUGUACCCAAGGAAAUCUUGGAUCGCAACAUUAAGAAAGCAGCUGAGAAGGGACAAGAAGAGUACAUUGAGAAAGUAUAUGAGGUAUAUGGUUUUGGUGGAGCUAGCAUGGUAGUAGAGGUAUUGACAGAUAAAAUAGCCCGAUCUGUGGCAAAGAUUAGAGAGGUUGUGAAGAACUGUGGUGGGAAGAUGGCUGAUCAGGAUUGUUCUGUUCUGUUCAACUUCAGGCGUGCUCGCGUCGUAAACAUAAAAGCUUCAGAUACUGACAAAGAUCACCUCCUCUCCAUUGCUUUAUAUGCUGGUGCUGAGGAUGUUAUUGAACUGCCAGUGUAUGAAGAUGAUACCGAGGAAGAUCAAUCAGAAAGCUAUUAUAAGAUCGUGAGUGACUCAGAUAACUACUCAGCAAUACUUUCAAAGUUGCGUGAAGAAGGAAUCAAUUUUGAGACAGAUAAUGGUUCUGAGCUACUUCCAGUAAGUCCCAUUGAGGUAGAUGACGAGGCUGUGGAUUAUAAGGAACUCAUGGCCAAUUAACUUGAACUUGAUGAUGUUGAUGCCGUUUAUACAGACCAGAAAUGA